ACCCAACUGGCUGCGUGCUGACACUUCUUUCUUCAAUCUGUCGCCAGAAACUUCAAAUCAAAAUAAAAGUCGCGUAAAUCGCAGUAGAAAAAAAAGUAAAAUUCGCCUGAGUCUUUCACACUAGUUCCACUUGAAAUACCCUCAGUUCCGUUAUGGGCAACGCCGGAAGCAACCUCCCGCGGGAGCGCCACAAAGGCUCGCACGAUUUAAUUCCGGGAUCGCCGCUCAAGGACGGUCAGGCGUUUGUGUUCGACAAGAAACCGGACCAAACCCAUCGGCUGGUGUUCCAGCGCAGCGAGGAGGACGCCGCGGAACCGUACUACUCCAAGUCGGUUCCGGAGCCGGAGUUUCUGCGGGAGCACCGUCGGAGGUCGAACACGGUGUCGGAGGAUUCUGCGCUGCAGGGCGAGCCGGAGGGUGACGACACGGACGAGGUUCAGACGGCACUGCCGACGGUGUUCAAGUGGGAUGGCGGUGGCAAGCAGGUCUACAUCAGCGGGACGUUCUCGGAGUGGAAGGCCCUGCCGAUGGUCAAGAGCCACGGGGACUUUGUGACGAUUAUCGAUCUGCCCGAGGGGGAACAUCAGUACAAGUUUUGCGUGGACGGCGAGUGGAGGCACGAUCCGAAGCUGAAGAACAUCGAGAACGACGUCGGAACCAAGAACAACCUGGUUUCGGUGCGCCAGUCCGACUUUGAGGUCUUCCAGGCGCUGGCCAAGGACAGCGAGGACACCGGCAAGGACGAAACGAAAGAGUACAGCCAGGACAUCCCGACCAGCAAGCCGUGGGGCAAGGAGUCCGGCCCGCCGGUUCUGCCGCCGCACCUGCUGCAGGUCAUCCUGAACAAGGACACGCCGCUGUCGUGCGAACCGACUCUGCUGCCGGAGCCGAACCACGUCAUGUUGAACCAUCUGUACGCGCUGUCCAUAAAGGACGGCGUGAUGGUCCUCAGUGCGACGCACCGCUACCGGAAGAAGUACGUCACGACGUUGCUGUACAAGCCGAUCUAAAAA